GACAGCAAGCAGCCCAGCGCCGCCAGGGACGCCAAGGCCCAGAGCCCGCCCGCCCUGCCGGCGGGGUGGACCAGCGCGCUGGACCCCACGGGGAAGAGGUACUACUACCACAAGGCGACGCGGGUGACGCAGUGGUCGCCCCCGAGCGCGGACGGUGGGGCCCAGCAGGCGGCGGGCAAGGAGUCCACGCCCGCGCCGGCCUCCCUGCCGGAAGGCUGGACCAGCUCGCUGGACCCGUCGGGGCGGCGGUACUACUACAACAAGGCCACCAACAAGUCGCAGUGGGUGCCGCCGCCGGGCACCGUGCCCGCCGCGGCCCCCGCGGCCGAGGCCGCGGCGCCGGCG